ACCGACCAUCACUUGAUUCGUACCGACUCUCAUUCCAUUCAACACACGAUCACCUUCCUUCCACUGUAUGUCAGAAUCAGACAGGAGCGCCGACAAACGAUUGCCAGAACUGCUGUAUGCGGACUACGUAGAGGACUCGCAUUUCCAGGCCUUUGCGGAAGCGCUGCAUGCAGACGAGAGUGCGCUAGAUGCGACGACAGAUGUACAGUCCCCGGGUCCUCCACCAUCCCCCGCCCCUUCGGGUCGCGUCCGCAAGGUCUCUGCUCUCUCCGACUUCGCCCCAGUGAAUGUUCGGGUGAGCAGAAGACGAAAGCGGCGAGAGAAGGUGCCCGGGAAGCGAAGCGACUGGCUCUACCUUAUUCUUCGAUGGCCUCUCCUAAUCCUCAUCUUCAUAUUUAUCGCCGCCGAAUUCGGCCUAUACGUCCUCAUACGACAAGUUGUCAAUACAAAGGAGUGGAUCUCUGCUUGGAGGGGACAGAAGGGUGUCCUUCGCAAGCGUAUGCGCGCAGCCAAGACGUACGAGGAGUGGAAAGCUGCAGCGGUCGCGCUGGACGAAUACCUGCACUUCGAGGAGUGGAAGAAGGUCGACGAGGACCCCUACUACGACUGGAAGCUUGUGCGGAAGGUCCGCCGAUCACUGAAGUCCCUCAGGGAGAAGAACGACGCGCGCGGCUGCUUGGGUGUUCUCGAGACUUGCAUACGCCCCAAUUUCGCUGGAGUGGAGUCCGCGCGGUUGUACAGCGAGACUUUCUAUGGCACCAAGGACCUGAUCGAAUCCUAUUACGACGAGCAAGAGAAGGCCCUGCGGUUCAUCCGGGAGUCGCCUGAUCUCUCCAUCGACGAGAAGAAGCGCUUCUUCAAAAGCGCGAACACCAACCUCGGUAUCACCGCACUCUGCCUAUCAGGCGGCGCGUCCUUCGGCUACUACCACUUCGGUGUAGUGAAAGCCUUCCUUGACGCCGGCCUCCUCCCGCGCGUCAUCACCGGGACCAGCGCCGGAGGCCUCGUCGCAGCCCUCGUCGGCACGCGUACGGAUGAGGAACUGCGUACGCUGCUCGUGCCAGAGUUGGCGCACCGGAUCACGGCCUGCGAGGAGGAUUUCUCGGUGUGGAUCAAGCGGUUCUGGAAGGAGGGGGCGAGGUUUGAUAGCGUGCAAUGGGCGAAGAAGUGCAGCUACUUCACCCGUGGCUCCCUGACUUUCAAGGAGGCGUUCUUGCGGACUGGCCGCGUUUUGAAUAUCUCGGUUAUCCCUGCUGAUCGGCAUUCGCCAACCAAGCUCCUGAACUACAUCACUGCACCGGAUACCGUGAUUUGGUCUGCAGUCCUCGCCUCCGCUGCCGUCCCCGGCAUCCUCAACCCGGUCGUCCUUAUGCAGAAGCUGAAGGACGGUUCGCUCGUCCCCUGGAACUUCUCCACGAAGUUCAAGGAUGGAUCGUUGCGUGUGGACAUACCGGUGCAGGCGUUGAAUUUGUAUUUCAAUGUUACCCACCCCAUCGUCUCCCAGGUCAACCCGCACGUACACCUAUUCUUCUUCGCGCCACGCGGCUCCGCAGGGAAGCCUGUUGCGCAUCGGAAGGGCAAAGGUUGGCGCGGCAAUUUCCUCCUCUCCGCCGGCGAGCAAUGGCUCAAGCACGAGCUCACGAAGAACUUCCGCGUCAUUCGCGAUCUCGAGCUCAUGCCGCAGAUUCUGGGGCAGGACUGGUCCAGUGUGUUCUUGCAGAGGUUCGAUGGGGCGGUGACGAUCUGGCCGAGGACGAGGUUUUGGGAUUGGAUACGCAUCCUGAGCGAUCCUGAUCCGGCUGAGCUGGAGCGGAUGAUGCAGGUUGGGCAGUAUGUGACUUGGCCGAAGCUACACAUGAUCUCCAACCGCCUGCGCAUCGAGCGCGAGAUCUACCUGGGCCGUCAGGCUGUCCGCCGCGCAACACAGUCGAAGAGCACCCGCAGUCUUCCUCUCGAACCUCAUUCUCGCAUUCCUGGCACUGGCGUGGCAGAGACGAAUGUCGGGGCACCACGUAUUGAGACCACCCCGCCGCCAACUGGAUCCGACGUCCCUAUGUCCAUCGACACUGAGGCGGAAGCCGCCUUCAAGAAUGGCUCAGAGUGGUUCUUCGAGCGCGGUCACGGUGGCCACCACGGGCGCCACCUUCGCAGCACCUCAGCCUCCCGCGACACCGAGCGCGAAGACAGCAUCAGGCAGAACGGAAACGGCCACGCCGCCGCUACCGCGCCACUCGUGCGCGACCCCCUCCGCUCCUCCGUCAUCCGCCGCAAGUGGGCCGCGGACCUCCUGCACCGCAAGAACACUGCCGCACGGGACGUGGAAUUGCCGCAGGACUUCCCCGCCGACGAGUCCGCGCCGCGGCCGGGGAGCUUCCUCUCGCGGUUGCGCGAGCGCUCUUUUGGGGCACGGGAGGCCAGUCCGAGUGGGUCGGCGACGCCGGAGAACCCUUGGAGUAGCGAUAGCUCGUCGGGGGAUGAUGUGCCGCUGGAGGAGCUGCAGCGGUACUCGUAUGGGACGGGGGUGGUGAGGCCGCCGUUGGCGGGUACGCCGGAGGAUGAGGAGGAUAUCAUCUGAGAACGUGAUUGAAGUUGCUUUCUUGCUUUCGUUUGGCUUGUAAAGUAAUACGUUUCGCCACCCCUUAUGUACUCAUAAUCAGUGCCUGCUUUAUUAGCAUUUACCCCUUCCUGGGAUUAUGGACUCAACAAUUGCC